UAAAAGGAGGUUUGGAGAAAGAGAAAAACUUAUACAGAAGGAGAGAAACAAAGACAAGGGAAACAGACAGCGAGAGAGAAGAAGUGAAAAAAGGCAAAAAAGAAGAUACUUUGAGAAAACCCCGACAAAAUCAGAGGUGAAGUGUGGAAAAAGGGAGGGAGGAGAGGAAAGGAUUGUGGUGACUUGUGGACCAAAGAGGCAGAGAAAUAAAAGACGAGGGUCGAGAAAAGAAAAAGAGGGGGAAAGAGAGCGGCACUCUAUAGAACCAAGAGAAAGCAAGAAAGAGAGAGCGUGACAGACAGCUGGCCCAGGAACAACAGAUAAAGAUGCAUGCCUUCCUGUUACUUGGCUGCUUUGUCCUUGCUGCGACAGAGUACUUCCUUGGCUCUGCCCACAUGAUCCCUGAUGAGAGACUUUCCACCAACAGAGUUGUUGUAUCUAACGCUCUGACUCAAAACCUUGAGAUAGGCUCACCUCCUGUAGUUAUUGUAGAGUUGCCUAAAUCAGCUAAGAAGAACAAGAAAACAAAGAAACAAAAAAAGAACAAAUUCAGCGUGAAGAAGCGCCCUCCUCCUCCUGCUGACUGCAUUCCCUUGUGGGGAAGCUGUAAAUCUCCAGGCAAUGUGUGCUGUGAUUUCUGUGCCUUUUGCCAGUGUCGGCUCUUCAAAACUGUCUGUAUCUGCCGAAUGGGCAACCCUCGCUGCUGAACAGCCAGCUGCAGCCCAAACCAGCUCCAAGCUAACAGAACAAAACUUCAUGCUAAAGCAAACCACUUGCGUGAACACUGUGAGAAGUGAAUCAUUUCUAGUGCUUGGUUAACUAAAAUACAUUUCAUAAAAGCACUUUAUCACAGAGAACUGCAUCACAGUGAACUUUCCUAAAAUCUUACAGGGUUUACUGCUUAUAGCACUGUAAGAAAAAUCACAAAUAAAAGUUUAUUUUAAACUUUUAGCACGCAUAAAGAGGAUAUAGUUGCUCAAACUAUUUUAUAUAUUGCUUUACUUUUACAUAAAUGUGCAGUAGCAUACUUUAAUUACAAUGAGUAUCAAAUAUUUUAUGAAGCCUUGUAUGAAUAAAGUUGUUACACAACCUUUUA